AUGCCCUCCACCGCGAUUCCCACAACAAACGGCGAAGGCAACAACAACAACGUCUCCCACUUGGUCCCAGUCCCAAUCCCCGAGCCAGCGCCAAACUUCGACCCCUCAACGCUCCCCGAUGCCUCCUCCCCCUCCCUAAUCCUCACCCAUCCCACGCCCGCCGAGCGCGCGCGCACCUGGCGUCUCACCCAUCCCAUGUGGGGGCCUGCCCUCACGGAGAAGGACUACCUCGCGCGCGAAGCCUACCUGACCACCGUGCCUUUGGCGCGCAACGGCGGCAUCACGCACUGGAUCCUCACCGUGCGCGACAUGCCGCCGGAUGCGAGGCCAGUGCUCUCAUCGUGUGAGAGUAUCAGGAAAAAGGCUAUCAGUGUACGGGAUGGGAAGGUAACCGAGGGGGUCUGCCACGGGAUUGCGAGCGUUUUUACGGAUCCAGUGUAUCGCGGGCGUGGAUAUGCGAGCAGGAUGAUGUCCGAGUUAGGGAGGGUGUUGAAGGGGUGGCAAGCUGGGGAGGAGGGGGCGCUAUUCUCGGUGUUGUAUAGCGAUAUUGGGAAGCAGUUUUAUGCAAAACAUGGGUGGGCGCCGUUUGAGAGUAGCCAUGUGGCGAUUCGGCCGAGGAAGAGAGAAGAAGGGGUGAAGGAGGUUGCGGUGCCGAUCGGCUAUCAUGAGUUGGCCGAGUUGGCGUGUGUGGAUGAGAGGUUGUUGAGGAAGGACUUGGCGAGCAGGCGGGAUGGCAGGACGCAUGUCGCUCUCCUGCCGGAGCUGGAUGCGUUUUUGUGGCAUAUGAUGAGGGAGGACUUCAUGACGAAGUGCAUCUUCGGGCGCACGCCGACAGUCAGGGGUGCUGUUGCUGGCAAGCCCGGACAGAGGGUGUGGGCGAUCUGGAUGAGGGGAUACUAUGGGGGCUUGAAGAAAAUGGAGGGCAAUACUCUACAUGUCCUCAGGGUCGUUGUUGAGGACGAGAACCGGCCGAAUGAGGAACUUGUCGACGGGCUCCGGUCGAUCAUUCGGAUCGCUCAGCACGAGGCUGCUGAAUGGUUCGCUCAAGAGAUCCAUGUGUGGAACCCUCCUCCGAAGGUCAAGUUUCUCAUCGAGAAGACCGGCAUUGAGUUCGAAUUUGUCAAUCGGGACAAGGACAGCAUUGCCAGCCUAAUGUGGUACAGCGAAGGGCCGGCUGAGGAGGUGAACUGGGUUGCCAACGAGAAGUAUGCUUGGUGCUAA